UAAUUUUAAUAUUGAUUUUUACGACUGACAAAACAAAAAGUCUUGCACCGGUUAAAUAAAAGUAAUUUACCAGUUAUAUAAAAACAAAUCUUAUACCUGAGUAUACCUGCCAUUAUCGCUGCCAAAAGAUUUAUAAAGCCUACCUACUCUAACAAAAUGAUUCCCGGAGAAAUAUUUGCGGAAGAUAUGAUGAGUACCAUCAUACGCUAUGGUUUGUAUAUUGGUGCAGCUUUUCAACUGGUCUGCUUAUUAGCAAGCGUGACCCUUACUGACGACCAGAGUGAACCAUAUCCUUAUGAAAAGACAUACACAGACAGUGAUGAGUGCAGCUCUGAACAGUCAUCCCCAGGGCACCGAGCAACUAUAUCUCGUGCUAGACGCCAUGACAAGAAAAAACGACGAUAAUUAAGUGGAAUCUCUAAACGGGUUGGAAUGGAAUCAGAUUACUGUUUCUUUGUUUAAGCCGUAGUAUUAUUAUUAGUAUUCAUUUAUUUUUAACUUAAAAAAUAUAUGUAAUGAUGAUCUUCAGCUAUAUAAUCUAGAAUUAUUGCUAUUACAUUAUUUAUACAUUCCUUUUUGUCUUGCCUAUUUGAGAAGAUUUGUAAGAUACUAAAAGUAAUUGGAUGCAUGAAUAGUAAAAAGCCUCUCAUGCCAUUAAAAAUAGUAGUUGUUCUCUUGAAGUGGAAGGAAUUAUGGGCAUUGUUUAAUUUUGUAUUCUCUAAAAUGUAGGAUACUAAUAAACCUAGUGACUGUUGAGACUUAUCUUAUGCCUAAUUCAUAAAUUAUCUUUUAGAUGUGAAAAUAAAGUCUAUAUUAAGCAAUUCAGUAUUUGCAGAUGAAAAUACAGUAAUUAAAAUACUGUGAUACUCUGCUUUACAUUCUCUUUUAGUUUAUUACCUCCGUAAAUACAACCACUUUAGUGAGUGUAUUGUAAUAUUAUUAUAAGCUUUAUAUUUUGUAUGAAAACAAGAAAUUUAGAUUUUAU